AUGUCUACAGAACAACAAAAUACCAUUAAUAAUACAAACUUAACUAAAAAUCUAAAAAUAAUUAAAAACAAAAAUAGAAUAUUUUUACAUAAAUAUUUAAAUAACUCUACUUUUUAUGGAAAUUUAUUUAUUUUAUUAAUUAGUUUAUUAUUUUUAACUAAAAUGGUUAAAUCAACAACAGAAAUUAAUAAUUCAAAAAAUUCUGUUGAAUCCGAUGAUGUUUCUUCUGAUACUUGUGAUAUUCACGCUAAUGAUUCUUUACACGCAUUAAUGGAUCGAAUAUGUGAAUUAUGUCAUGAUAUGUAUAGCCACCAACAACCAAAUAUGAGAGCUGAUUGCAGAUCUGAUUGUUUUAGAAAUACCAAUUUUAAACGAUGCCUUCGAUUGUUUAAACCAACAGGAAGAAGUUCUGCUCAAAGGCACAGAAUGCGUUUCUUAGAAGAAUCAUUACAUUCCUUUUUAAUUGCUUGA